AUGGUGGGUAGCUUAGUACCUGGUGGUCUUGUUGCUGGUCUUAUUAUUGCAGGUAUUAUUGCUAUUGUUCUUCCUUUAGUUAAAAGAAUUAAUCAAUAUAUUAGUGCUAAUAAAGGAACAGGAAGAAAAGGAGGAAAAGGAAAAGAAAAAGAAGAAGAAGAAGAGGAAGAAAUAGAUAUUAGUAGUGUAGGAGGAGGAGGAGGAGGAGGAGGAGGAGGAGAAUCUAUGGAGGAAGAAGAAGAAUAA